AUGAUUAAGUUCAAGCUUGUCGAGGCCGUGAUGUGCGUGGAGAUAGACCCUGAGCUUCUUGUAAACCCCGAGAAAGCCGUGUCCAAACACAUAGCAUCCAAUCUGCUUAUAUACUCCCACAAAAUCAACGGCGUUCCCCUAUCGUUCUCCAUCAAGGGCAUGGAACGUACUGGACCCAUAGUUUCCUCAGUAGGGUCUGUGGCAGUUGCCGUACAUGUGGAGUAUGUGGUGCUUACGCUACCAAUUGGCGAGGUGAUGAGCUCCAUCGAAGGAAGAACACUUGGGAUUUUUAGCACAGACAUCGACGGGAGCAAGGAAUAUACAGGAAACUUUGUUGUCAAGGAGAUGAGAUUGAAAGGAAGAGUAUUUUUCACAAUAGCAGGAACACGCCCAUGA